AUCCUCUGCAGCCGUCACUUUCGGAAGUUAAAGAAACUUAGAUUCUUUGUAACCUACAGGUAUGGCGGAGAUGGAAGACAGAUGGCGGGACAACAUGAGUAAUAUCUUAAGUGAACUGGAUGCAAAAGAAUACAGUAAGAUGUUUCUGUACCUGGACCAAAUUCCCAAGGACAAGAGGGGUUUGGAUAAGAGUAUGUUAGUGGAACAGAUUCUACAAACAUAUGGACUACAGGGAUCUCUGGACGCAAUGAAAAAGGUCUUGGACAAGCUCCCCAGGAAUGACUCAAGAAUCCGUCAGUAUCUGAAAAGCUCUACUGAGGACAUGCAGAAAUGUGGGCAGGGACUGAAGCUUAAACGCAGCCAGGGAGACCAGCCAGGUCCCUCCAACAAGAAGACUGAGGUUGCAUAUGAUGAGGGUUUUGUUUAUAACCUGUCAGGGAGACGGGAGGCCUUCAUUCUGUGUCAGAAGAAGGACAGAGACGGUGCAACCAUGGACCGAAACAUCAUCACAAAGCUCCUUGAGAAAUACUCCUUCGAUUGCACUACUAAAAAUGACCUGAAGGGGGAGGCCAUUAUGCCGGCUCUGAAAAGCUUCCAGACCUCGCUGCGCAGUGGAGGGGAAGUGGCCUGCUGCUUCAUUGUGCUGAUGGCUCAUGGCGGAGAGGGAGUGAUUGAUGGCAUAGAUCGCAAGCAGGUCCCUCUGAAGGAUAUCUUUGCCCUCUUCAACAACAAGGAAUGCCCCGAGCUCAUGGGAAAGCCAAAGGUCUUCAUCAUUCAGGCCUGCAGAGGACGGGGAAAGGACCAUGGGGUGGAAUCGAUGGUGGCAGACGAUCUCCUGACGGAGGAAUCUCAUUGGGCAGCGGACAGCCCUAUCAUGCGCAGAAUGCCCACAGUGAGCGACACCCUCACCAUCUGCCCCACCUUGCCUGGUAACGUCGCUUUGCGCAACGAGACAUAUGGAUCUCCACUGUUCAUCAAGAUGAACGAGGUGUUCGAACAGUUUGAUGGCAGAUACCACCUGGUAGACCUUUUUACUAAGGUCAAUCAGGAGCUGGUCAAAGAAGAUUAUGAGCAUGAGCAAAAAGUUAUAAAAAUCACUCUGUGCAUGGAUUCCUCCUUCACUAAAGCACUGUUCCUCAAUAGGUAACUUAGAGUGAGUGCACAUUCAACCACUCACUCUGACUCCAUCUCUUGCAUACAUCGACACACACACAUUCUUCUUCUUUCACACACAUAGGCACAUUCUCUCACUCACACCCUCAUA